GACAUGCUGCUGGGCAUGGACGGUUGGGACGCCGCCCUCGACGCGGUGCACAUGGCGGGCUCGAUGGCCCACGGCAACACGGCGCAUGCGUCGACGGCAAGGUCGGUGGCUGUCGAGAGCGUCGCUGACUCGGCGGCGGCGUCGGCUCCCGAGGUCCCUGGCGGCAAGGGCGGCGAGCCCGUCGAGUCCGACAAGGACGCCAAGAGGAGGAAGAAGGCCGAGAAGGAUGCGGCCAAGAAGGCCCGCGCGCUCGAGCUGCAGACCGACGAGGCGAAGAAGGCCAUGGAGAAGGCGUUCCGGGAUGUCCAGCAGAAGGCCACGGGGUUCGGCCUGACGUGCGAGGUGCAGGUGCCGCAGGUCGUGGACGCGCUCCUCAAGCGGGACUUCCCCAAGGAGACGGCCGACCACCUCAAGGCUGGGGCUGACGAGGUCCUCGACAGGGUGAACGUCUUCAAGCGCACGGUGCUGACCCAGCAGCCUAAGGGGAAGCCGACGAUCAAGAUGUGCCAGGAUGCGGAGGAGCACGUGAAGACGGAGCUCGGUAAGCUGGUCGAGUCGUGGUCGAGCUUCGAGCGGCGCCUGCUCUGGAACGACAUGAAGAAGGUAGCCAACGCAGGCGAGGCGGCGGGGCCGCAUGUCAAG